GAGAAGUUAAGACAGACCUCCGCGAAGCUGUUGCACUUGUCUUCUCUCGGAGUGCGGGGCUGCUUUUUAUUUUAAGGCGCGGGUUGUUUUGCGCGUCAACAAUAAGGAGCAUGCUGUUGGAGCGACGGAGAGCGCAUUAAAAGAGCGCAUUUCACUCAAUGGAAUUCUUAUAUUUAGCUCCGUGAGGGAGCAGCCAGACGAGCAGAGGAAGGAGGAGACCCCGAUCCCGGUGCCUAACAUUUAGCUUCCUUUUGAUACCGUUUCGAGCCCCCAAAACUUGUCGUUCAUAUCACGGUACACGGCUAUGUGGUGGUGAGGGCGCUGUGAGUGUGAGAGAAAGAGGGGGGAAUAGCGCAAAUUUAUCUACAGCUCCGGGGAGGAAAGAUGAUGAUGGCCGGUGGUGGUGGCGGAGCAGCCGUUGACCACAACGGGAUAUACACAAAUCCAAACCUCCACAGCCUCCAGCAGACCCAUAUGGACGCCGAUAACCCGGACUCCCGCAAACGGCCGCUGGAAACUCCGGCUGAGGAGGCCGGCUGUACCAAACGCACCAACACUGGAGAGGAGGGUGAGUACUUCCUGAAGGUGCUGAUCCCCAGCUAUGCAGCGGGCUCUAUAAUUGGCAAGGGUGGCCAGACCAUCGUACAACUGCAGAAAGAGACGGGUGCCACCAUUAAGCUGUCCAAAUCCAAAGACUUCUACCCAGGAACGACAGAACGAGUCUGUCUGAUCCAGGGUACGGUCGAAGCCCUUAAUGGUGUCCACAACUUCAUUGCGGAGAAAGUCCGCGAGAUGCCCCAGAGCGCCCAGAAACCAGAACCAGUCAGCAUACUGCAGCCACAGACCACAGUCAACCCAGACCGCGUCAAACAGGCCAAACUGAUCGUGCCCAAUAGCACAGCUGGGCUGAUCAUUGGCAAGGGUGGAGCCACAGUGAAAGCGGUGAUGGAGCAGUCAGGGGCCUGGGUGCAGCUCUCGCAGAAACCAGAAGGCAUCAACCUGCAGGAACGAGUAGUAACCAUCAGCGGGGAGCCUGAACAGAACCGAAAGGCUGUGGAAAUCAUAGUGCAGAAAAUUCAGGAGGACCCUCAGAGCAGCAGCUGUCUCAACAUAAGUUACUCCAACGUUUCAGGCCCAGUCGCCAACUCCAACCCCACUGGCUCCCCCUAUGCUAACACAGGCGAGGUGCUGCCCAAUGCAGCUGCAGCCGCUGCCACUGCCUCCAGCCUUCUGGGUCAGGCUGGAUUGACAGGAAUGGGCGCCUUCCCUGCCGCCAUGUCCAGCUUAUCUGGUAAUGAUCUGCUGGCCAUCACCUCAGCUCUCAACACACUGGCCAGCUACGGCUACAACACUAACACCCUCGGCCUGGGCCUCAACCCGGCAGCUGCUUCAGGGGUCCUUGCUGCAGUAGCAGCUAGCGCUAACCCGGCUGCUGCUGCUGCGGCUAACCUGCUGGCCUCCUACGCUAGUGAUGCCUCCAGCAGUGCUGGCCACCCUGCUACAGGUCUCGGCGGGUUUUCCUUGGGGUCUCUAGCAGCUGCUACUGGGGCUUCCAAUGGUUACUUAAAUGCUUCAUCCCCACUGAUGGCCUCCUCCCUAUUGGCAACAGAGAAGCUGGCAGAUGGGGCCAAGGACGUGGUUGAGAUUGCUGUGCCCGAGAAUCUGGUGGGUGCCAUUUUAGGGAAAGGAGGGAAAACGCUGGUGGAGUACCAGGAGCUAACAGGAGCCCGCAUCCAGAUCUCUAAAAAAGGAGAGUUCAUUCCUGGUACUCGGAACCGUAAAGUUACCAUAACAGGGUCGCCAGCCGCUACGCAAGCAGCACAGUAUCUGAUCAGCCAGCGGAUCACCUACGAGCAGGGCGUGCGCGCUACCAACCCACAAAAGGUGGGCUAAAAGGAAAAAGAAGAGGAAAGAAGGAAAGGAUGAAGACAGAGAUAGAAGGGAAUUGAGAGAGUCAUAAUGAAUAAAGCAGAAGAAAAGAAACGUCCAAAUAUCUGUUCAAUAUUUCAGUAUCAAAUGAGAGAAUCACAAAGGAGGAGGUGGGGGAGACAACCAAGAUAAGUGUGUGUGAUAUGUGAAUGUGUUUUUAGGACUGACGUCCUGAUGUUUUUUAAAAGUUUGUGUCGAGUCCUUUUGAUGAUGGUGAUCAGAGUAAGCUGAACUGGUCCACUGCCAAGCUGCAGAUUCAAGGGUGAGGCCAAAGGGUGUCACCCUCCUCCAAAACCUCAUAGCUGUUUUAUUUUACUUUUUGUGUUUGGUUUUGUUGGUAUUAAUUUCAGUUGCAAACCUCAGCUCCCGGUGAGUUGAGUGUGUCAGAUGAAGUUCCAGCCAGCUAAUAGAGCUGUUUUACAAACCCUGCUCAUUGUAUACAAUGCAGACGGCGUUGUGAACAGGGGCAUGGUUUUAUGACAAGCACCUGAGGUCAUCUCAGUUUAUGGGGAAGCAAUCUGAGAAUCAUUUCUUUAAAAAAAAAUAAAAAAAAUCAUAUCUAUGUUGACAUAUGUUAAAUUCUGGCUCAUGUCAUAAUUGAAGUUUCUAAAUCUGGGUAUUUUAUAUUUUCAUCAUUUAUUUAUUGACAUGGUCUCAU